CUUGUCCACAAGAGAAUCAGGCUACAUCCCAAUAGAGAUUCUGCCUUCUAAAAAAAAUCUAUUCAAUCUAAGUGUAGCAUUUGUAUAGUGGCCUAAAGGUAAAUAAAGAUUUCUCUUGAAACCAAUGAAGCACAUCUACAAGACAUAGACAAGAGCAGAGAAAAACACUGCUUAUAAAUGAUAUUUAUCUUGUUCUGGUGUCUGUGUGUUUGCUCUGCUUCAGGUGAUCAUGUCUGAAACAAACUGUUCAUCUUCAGUACAGAGCUGUGAUCAGAGGUUCCUGUGCAACUCCACCUUUCCAUUAAACUUGACUGAAAUAGAGAUGGAAGAUUACUGCUUGAGUCUGGAUGAUUACCUGGAGAAGUACCUGGGUCCUCGGCGCUCCCCUGUGUUCUUGCCCGUGUGCAUCACUUACCUGUUGAUCUUCAGCGUGGGAGCUGUGGGGAACACUCUCACCUGUGCUGUGAUCACACGCCACCCAGUCAUGCGCACACCCACAAACUUCUACCUGUUCAGCCUGGCUGUGUCUGACCUGCUGGUGCUCAUCCUUGGCAUGCCCCUGGAGCUGUAUGAAUUGUGGAGUAACUACCCCUUCCUGCUUGGGAAGAGUGGCUGCUACUUUAAAACCUUCCUCUUUGAGACGGUGUGUUUUGCCUCUGUGUUGAACGUGACGGCACUCAGCGUAGAGCGUUACAUUGCCGUUGUGCACCCUCUCAGGGCAAAAUGUGUGGUGACACGUGCCCAUGCCAAGCGUGUGAUCAUCUGUGUUUGGUUUGCAUCUGUGAUUUGUGCGCUGCCCAAUGCGAGCCUUCAUGGAAUCUACACACUCCCAAAACCCCACGGGCAUGGAGAGGGGCAUGAGCUGAACUCAGCUACUUGCACAUUGGUGAAGCCACGUUGGAUAUAUAACCUAAUCAUCCAGAUCAGUACAUUCAUCUUCUUCAUCUUGCCCAUGAUGACCAUCAGCACACUUUACCUGCUUAUCGGCAUCCAACUGAAGAGGGAGAAAAUGCUGCAGGCUAAAGCUGAGUGUGAGAACAACGGCCACAGAAAUACCAGCGUGCGCAUGCAACAACCACAGACACGAAGACAACAGGUCACCAAGAUGCUGUUUGUGUUGGUGGUGAUGUUCGGGAUCUGUUGGGCGCCGUUUCACACAGAUCGCCUCAUGUGGAGUUUCAUGGACGAGUUCUCUGGUGUGGAGAUGUUUCAGUUGUUUGAGUUUGUCCACAUCUUCUCAGGUGUGUUCUUCUACCUCAGCUCAGCCGUGAACCCCGUGCUAUACAACCUCAUGUCCACUCGCUUCCGUGAGAUGUUCAAGGACGUGAUGUGUGUUCACAAACGUGCCUCUUCCCAAAGGAAGUACUCUCUGAGCAUGACACGAGCCACUGUGCGAAGUGUCUUGAGUGAUGUCGCUAAUGGCAAUGCAACCACUGAUGGAGAUUUUGAGUUUUAUGAAUGCCAUGAAAAUGAGACUACGUGUGACUGA